AUGGGGUUCCUUAGUGGGCCUCUUGCGUCCCUCCUCCUACUACUGCAGGUUUGCUGGCUGCCGUGCGCGGCCUCGGAGCCGUGCCGGGUGGGCUUCGGGGAGUCUGAAGUGCCCUUAGAGGUUGGAGGCAAGGAGCCAGAGCCCAGCCAGGCGAUGAGAAAAGCUUUCACCGGCUGCCCUGAGGAGGAACUGGCCCUGCUUGGCACUGAUAACGACUUCCCUGCGCUGAACAGUGGAACAGUCCAGGUAAAACACCAGGGGCUUCUCUCCUUUCAGGAAAGGAAAACACUGAAGGUCUCCCAAUCCAAACGCAUCUUACGAAGACGCAAGAGAGAAUGGGUGGUCCCGCCAAUAUCUGUCCCUGAGAAUGGCAAGGGUCCCUUCCCCCAGAGGCUAAAUCAGCUCAAAUCCAAUAAAGACAGGGGCACCAAGAUUUUCUACAGCAUCACAGGGCCUGGGGCAGACAGCCCCCCUGAGGGCAUCUUCACCAUAGAGAAGGAGACAGGCUGGUUGUUAUUGAAUAAGCCACUGGACCGGGAAAAGAUCGCCAAGUAUGAGCUUUUUGGCCAUGCUGUGUCAGAGAAUGGUGCCUCGGUGGAGGAGCCCAUGAAUAUCUCCAUCAUCGUGACAGACCAGAAUGACCACAAGCCCAACUUCACCCAGGCUGUCUUCAGAGGGAGUGUCAUGGAGGGUGUACUCCCUGGUACUUCAGUGAUGCAGGUAACAGCCACAGAUGAGGAUGAUGCCAUCAACACCUACAACGGGGUGGUUGCCUACUCCAUCCAUAGCCAGGAACCAAAGGACCCACACGACCUCAUGUUCACUGUCCACCGAAGCACAGGCACCAUCAGUGUCAUUUCCAGUGGCCUGGACCGUGAGAAAGUCCCUGAAUACACACUGACCAUCCAGGCUACAGACAUGGAUGGAGAUGGCUCCACUACCACAGCAGUGGCAAUAGUGGAAAUCCUUGAUGCCAAUGACAAUGCUCCUGUGUUCAACCCCCAGAAGUAUGAAGCCCGGGUGCCAGAAAAUGCAGUGGGCCAUGAGGUGCAGAGGCUGACAGUGACUGAUCUGGAUGCCCCCAACUCAACAGCGUGGCAUGCCAUCUACCGCAUUGUGGGAGGUGACGAUGGGGACCAUUUUACCAUCACCACCCACCCUGAGAGCAACCAGGGCAUCUUGACAACCAGGAAGGGCUUGGAUUUUGAGGCCCAAAACCAGCACACCCUAUAUGUAACAGUGACCAAUGAGGCUCCCUUUGUGGUGAAACUCCCAACCUCCACAGCCACCAUAGUGGUCCAUGUGGAGGACGUGAACGAGGCCCCUGAGUUUGUCCCACCCUCCAAAGUCAUUGAGGCCCAAGAAGGUAUCUCCACUGGGGAGGCUAUCGGCAUCUACACUGCACAGGACCCUGACAAGGAGGAUCAAAAGAUCAGCUACCACAUCAUGAGAGACCCAGCAGGAUGGCUAGCAAUGGACCCAGACAGUGGACAAAUCACUGCUGCAGGCAUCUUGGACCGUGAGGAUGAGCGGUUUGUGAAGAACAACGUCUAUGAAGUCAUGGUUUUGGCCACAGACAAUGGAAGCCCUCCCACCACUGGCACAGGAACUCUUCUCCUAACACUUACUGACAUCAACGACCAUGGCCCAAUUCCUGAGCCCCGUCAAAUCAUCAUCUGCAACCAAAGCCCUGUGCCUCAAGUGCUGAACAUCACAGACAAGGACCUGUCCCCCCACUCCUCCCCUUUCCAGGCCCAGCUAACACAUGACUCGGAUAUCUACUGGAUGGCAGAAGUCAGUGAAAAAGGAGAUACAGUGGCCUUGUCCCUAAAGAAGUUUCUGAAGCAAGACACAUACGAUGUGCACCUUUCUCUCUCUGACCAUGGUAACAAGGAGCAGCUAACAGUGAUCAGUGCCACUGUGUGCGACUGCCGUGGCCAUGUGGACACCUGCCCCAUACCCUGGAAGGGCGGUUUCAUUCUCCCUGUCUUGGGGGCUGUCCUGGCUCUGCUACUCCUCCUGCUGGUGCUCCUCUUAUUGGUGAGAAAGAAGCGGAAGGUCAAAGAGCCCCUUCUGCUCCCAGAAGAUGACACCCGUGACAAUGUUUUCUAUUAUGGUGAAGAGGGUGGUGGUGAAGAGGACCAGGAUUAUGAUAUCACCCAACUCCACCGGGGUCUAGAGGCCAGGCCUGAGGUAAUUCUCCGCAAUGAUGUUGCACCAACCUUCAUCCCUACACCCAUGUACCGGCCCCGGCCAGCCAACCCGGAUGAAAUUGGCAACUUCAUCAUUGAGAACCUGAAGGCCGCCAACACAGACCCUGCAGCCCCACCGUACGACUCCCUACUAGUGUUCGACUACGAGGGCAGUGGCUCUGAUGCUGCCUCCCUGAGCUCCUUGACCUCCUCGGCCUCUGACCAAGACCAGGAUUAUGAUUAUCUGAACGAGUGGGGCAGUCGCUUCAAGAAGCUGGCGGACAUGUACGGAGGCGGUGAGGAUGACUAG